UGAUUCAUAAACAGCAGUUUGAUUCUUUGUUUCUGCACUUUAAACCAUCAGUUACAUUUUGUAUGUAGUGGCACUUUUGCGCCAGUAGAUGGCAGUGUGUGUAGUGAGUAGAGAGUGGAUGUAGACCAAAAAGUAGAGUGGUAGAAGGAGAGCUCCGUGUGUAAUGUGUAAAAGGGAGAAGGAGUCAAUAAAAACUGCCUGAGAAAUGACUGGAAAUCCCUCUUCUUCUUGAGAAGUGCAACAUAAGGAAGUGAUGGUAUGGGGUAUUUUGGAGCGAAGGGCACAGGGUGAUCUGAUUCAGCUCUAUGUGCACCAGUGACAGAUGGGGGCAGCAUUUCCCUUUAUAUUGGUGGUACUGCAACUGGUGGUCCCACCAAUGCUCUCCGUCCCUGCACCAGACCUCAGUGCAAACAAGAUCCGUCUAAACCCUGACCUGGGGCAGGUGUUCAUGUUUGAAGACAAUGUCAACCUGAAAUGGGUAACCUGGAAUGGCUUACUUCCAAACGGGGCUGUAAAAAUCUAUAACAGCUACACUGAACGCACAGAGUACAUCUGUAAAUCUGACUGUGAGGCUGGAUUCUACACUCCAAGCAAAGGGCCAUACUGCUACUAUCCUUAUGGAGAUUCUGAAUAUCUUGCUUUAAAGUUUGAGGUGUUGGUGAAUGAAGACUACUUCGAGUUCCUGGAAUGGAAAUCAGGCUCUUGGGGUUCUGUGCCCCCAAACUCAGUCAGAACCUGCUCUAGAAGUGAUAUCUACGUAGGUAAGAACAAAUAUGGCCUAGGCAAGGUUCAUCCCAAACAUGAAGCCUUUUUCCUGCCUUGGGAGGGCAAGGAGUACUGGUACAAAUGGUAUGACGUGCUCACCAUUAACAGAGACACAUAUAACCAGCAAAUCUCCCAUGUGAAGUACGCCAUUGAUAAGAUUGUUCUGCUCAACCAUCCUCCGGAGACCAUCCAAAUGGCUAAGGCCACCAAUUACGAGUGUUCCAGCAUUGAAAAGACAGUGCUGUUGGAGAAGAGCAGCACUGUGGAGAAGUUCUGGAACAUUGGCAGAGAAACACGCAAUGGAACCAGCUCAGUCAUGACCGGGAAAAUCCCAAUCAUCAACCCAGACACUGUGGACUUCACCAAGGAACAGACCAUAAGUUUUUCAAAGGGGACAACGUUGAUCGAAACGGUCAGCCAGUCCAUGUCUGUGCAAGUCCUGGUUCCUCCCAAUUACUCCUGCGCAGUUAGGAUGGAUGCUAGAAGGAUGACUGCGGAUAUUCCAUUCACAGCCCGCCUGAGUCGCACAUACAGCAAUGGAGAAACCCACUGGACCACCGUCACCGGGACGUAUGAUGGUGUGAAGAUUGGAGAGAUCAACGCUGUGGUGGAACGUUGCCAGCCCAUCCCUGAUGCUGAACCCUGCGCUUCCGAAAGUGAUUGAGACCACAAUGUGAAUUAACUUCUUUAAUAAUGUGCAUUAUUCUGUGCAUUGCAAUAAAAUGUCAUUUGAAGCUUC